CGUCACUAGCCGAUUAUAUGUUGAUGUCGUUAUUCCGUAUACAAGUACAUUUCCAUUUAACAGGUAUUUACAUAUUGGCAUAUUAAAUAUAUUACCCAUCUGGCAUCGCUUUGAUAUAGGUACCUACUGUUUGGAAUUUACUUUUGCAGACUUCAUAAAAAUUAAAUUUGGUUCACGAAAUAAUUAAAGGAUAUGUCGACGUUAUGGCUACUACAGUAAUACUAGGUGCAGGUAUCAUCGGUACUUCAACCGCUUAUUACCUAUCCAAGCACCAACCAGCAUCAAGCAUCCAUCUCGUCGAGCCCUCGCCUGAGCUGUUCGCUUCGGCCUCCGGUUACGCAGGCGGAUUUCUAGCGAAGGAUUGGUUUUCUCCCGCCUUGGCGGAUCUAGGCGCAUUGAGCUUCGAGGAACAUCGCAAGCUAGCGGAGAAAGAAGGAGGCGCGCAGAAAUGGGGUUACGCGCGGAGCACGUCUAUCAGCUUGUCGCUAGCUACUAGGUCUAAGAAAAGAAUCGACCUUUGGGUUCGCGACGGCGCUAGUCGUGCAGAAGCUGCGAGUGCGAGUCCAUCGGCUGGUGUGGCGCCGCCGUGGUUGAGAAGGGGGGAGGGCGAUGCUGUGGAGGUUAUAAGUGAGGAGGGAACUGUUGCGCAAGUAGAUCCGCUGCAAUUAUCUCAGUUUCUGUUGCAGAAAUGCAUCGAUGCCGGUGUGCACUUACACCACCCCGCUAAGGCGAUAUCCAUACAAACCGACGUGCGCGAUGAGCUUUCGAGCGUCUGCGUCGCGGACACAGAGUCUAGCACUGAGACGGAUAUCCCCUGCACCAAUAUCGUUAUCGCGGCCGGUGCUUGGUCGUGCCAGGUCUUCAAGACGCUGUUCCCAACUUCUAGCUUCAAGCUGCCGAUUUCAAGCCUUGCCGGCCAUUCUUUAGUAGUGACUUCGCCGAAGUGGAAAAGCGAGCACGAGAGCGGCGGCUGUCAUGCCUUAUUCCUGACUGGCAGUCCGGGGUACUCGCCCGAGAUCAUGUCGCGCAUCGGCGGACAGAUAUACAUCGCGGGCUUGAACUCUGCGGCCGAGCCGCUGCCGGACUUGGCGACGGACUCGAGGGGUAGGAUCUCGAGAUCGAGUAUCGGUACGCUGAGGCAGACGGCGAAGGAAGUGUUAGGCGAGGACGACGUACGCGUCGUGAGAGAGGGGUUGUGUUUCCGCCCCGUGACGGAGCGCGGCACGCCGAUUCUGAGUCGUGUGCCGGAUGAGUAUCUUGGACCGUCUAUUGGCACGAGGCCGGGUCCUGAGGGAGGUGUGUAUGUUGCGGCUGGGCAUGGGCCGUGGGGGAUAAGUAUGAGUUUGGGGACGGGCUUGGUUAUGGCUGAGAUGAUUCAGGGGAGGGUGUUGAGCGCUGAUGUGUCGAAGUUGGCUUUGAAGGUUUGAAGUCCACUGGUGCUUUUACAGUAUAUGAUUUAAGUACGGAUUAGUUACUUCUCGCAUUUAAUUGAUACCUCACGCGUUGACUUGACCUGCCCAAUUAAGGGAUUUGUUGUGUUGCCUAUAUUCGCAAUUAUUACACGUUAUUGGUCUUUAGCAGUUUUCGUUUUCUAGCCAAGGGGAAUUAUCCCUAUGUGCCGAAUUGAACGGCAAAUCGUUGGGUCGACUUCUACUCGAGUAUAAUAUUGAGCACCUAUUUAUUAAUAGUAUCCUGAAAUGGGAAACUGGGCCGAAUCGCAAUAAUAUUAGAGCUCAAAAGCUUAGCCCACGAGUAAAUUCGCAGUUGAAAAAUGUACUCAACUACUACGUAACCGCAGUCCACGGA